AUGUUCAGCCUCAACCUCAGCAGCAGCAAGAUCUUGGCCCUGUGCCUCGCGGGUGCAGCCGUGGCAAGCGGUGCGCGUGCCGAGACAGAGGUCGCUGAGACCUUGGGCUUGCUCGGUGUGCCUGGCGCCGGCUACGGCGUGGGCCCCGCCUGUCGGCGUCGGUGUGGUCUCGGCGCGCACGUGGGUGUGGGCUUGCCUGGCGUCGGUUAUCCUGCCGGCUAUCCUGCCGGCUACCCUGUGAACGGCGCUCCGCCGACCGGUAUCUACAAUGCUCCCCCGACCGUCGUCAACAGCGCCCCUACCAGCACCGGCACUUCCUACACUAACGCUGUGCCUGGUGGUGGGAACGCGGAUGCGAACGCGAACGCCGGCAACAACCCUUCGUCGGCGUCAGUGACGAACAGCAACGGUGCUGCCGCUGCGACGGUCGGCGCGUCGGCCAGCGCCACGGCGAGUGCGUCUGCAGGUGCAUCGGCAAGAGCCACGGCUGGCACGUCGUCUCAGAAGUCGUACCGACAGCUUCGCUCGCUGGAGUAA